UGGUUUAUUUGAAAAUGAAUCUCGUUACUAACAAGUCAAUGAAGAACCAUUCAAUGCCAUCAUGUCUAGUCGCUCGCCAUCAUGUUCUUCGUACAAUUCUCUCACAAAGGGAUCUCAGCAUCGAGCUCUCUGUCUUGCGUGACUCAAAACAAUCAAGGUCAUUUCUCACUGGCCGGCGGCGGACUCGGAACACCAACAGCUCCACCCGAGCAUACAGCAAUCGUACUCAAACCUCUAACGAUUCUCUAGGGAAGAAUGCAUCUUCAAGCCAACACGGGGUCUCCGCUCUCUUGCACAGAACAUCAACAUUUUUACCUCGCGCACUACCGGGAUCGACCACUGACGGAGGCAUACAGUCUUCCCAACUCUGGAGCGAACUUUUGAGCGAGGUCGAGGCAGAUUUAUGUUCCCUGCCAGGAGCGCAUCCGAAUGCUCGCGUAGUCGUAUGCGGAGCUGACCAGUGGGCCGGCUCUUAUGAGCUCAUCACAGCUCUCCUCGAAAACCUGUUUACGAGCGAUGAGGCUUACAGCGACAUCCUACGAAACCGGUGGAAAAACCAGUCUGCCUACCUUACAAUUGAUCAUAGAUCAUCGACCUCCCUCGUCAACGGCACCCUCACCAUCCCUGCCUCUUGGCUCCAACAAUACCCCUUCCCCAUACAACUCACCGAAAUCCCAUCUCUCUCCUCCCAUCCUUCCUUCCCAAAAACCCUCCUCAAAGGAGACGUAUUAAUCUUCCUCUGGAACCCACUAACAAACCCCCUACCUACGCUUAUCUCUAAUGCCCAACAUAUUCUUCAGAGGCCGAACACAAUACUCGUUCUCACCGCUUCUAGCGCAUCCAAACAUGCGCUAGAUUACAUUUCCAAGGAACUGGCAGCUGCAAAUUGCAGCCCAGGAAAGAUUCUUCCUGUGGACCCUAUUCGCGCUUUGGAAGCCGUUUCUGCUCUCAAGUCGGAUCCUUCGUCUCCUACUGCUAUUCAGAGAUACCAGGAGGAUUUUAUGGGGUCAAGGAUAUCGCUUCUUGGCGAUGUUUUGGCGAAGAUGUUUGGAUUGAAGGACUCUGGUCGCACGUCAUCGCCGCCAUCGUUGUUGUCAGCUAUUCGCACUCGGAGUGCUCUGAUACAAAUGCGGAGCGCGUUGUAUAUUAGCGCCCGAUCGGUAUCCCAAACACGCGUAGCGAUAGACCGCGUCUUUACAAGUGCCAGCGAGCUCCAGUCGCAAGUUGAAGAAGUCCGUGCGAGGACAGGUAGGGAGGUGCUUGUAGAGUCUGGAAUAGACGAAGCUCUACUUCGCGGUUCGAAAGAGAUGAAAGCCUUGCUAGAGUCGUUGACCUGGCUUAAGAUGAUAUGGCGUGUUGACGAAAUAGAUUCUUUGGUGGGUUUUGCGAUGGACAAGCACUGGUGUAGGGAACUUGAAAACCAGCUCAUCCUGCAAACGGGUCGUCUCGCCUCCACUCAAGCAUCCCUAACAUCAUCCACCUUUUCUCAACUUGCCAAACUCGCAUCGCCAUCGCCAUCCCCUGCUUUCCAUUCCCCUAUCCUCGACAACCGUCUCCGUCAACUCACACACUCCCCAACAUAUGCACUAACCCCAGAUGCCCUCACCCGCCCCAUCCAAGCGCGACGUUCCCAACUGAUGCAACACACCACCACGAGGUUACAACGUGAUGCCCAAAAUGCAGUGCUGGGUGCGUUUGGUGGUAUGUUUGGCGGUGCUGGUGUAGCAUGGUGGCUUGCAUUUGGAGAGAGCGCUUUGAGCGUUGGCGCUGGUUCUGAAGCUGGGACUGCGUUAGGUGCUGGUGCACUUGUUGCUGUUGCUAGUAUAAGGUGGGCGGUGGGUAAAUGGGAACGAGCAAAGAGGAAAUGGGUGGAGGAUGCCGAUAGGGUUGGGGAGGGGCUGAAGAGGGAUCUAAAGGUGACUCUGGAGCGAGGGAUUGAGAAAAAUGUUGCGGUUGUUCCUAUAGCGGCGUACGAAGGACUGCGAGAGCUUGCUGGGAAACAACAGGAAGAGAUCGAUGUUGUCAGGAGCGAUCUUAUUUCGAUGCAAGCUGACGUUGAAGCUCUCGAAACCGCUCGACCUUCAUAGUAUGUAGCACGAUUGGAUAUAGAUAUACUGCAUCGCAUUCGUCACAGAUGAUUUUGAUCCAAAUAGAUGCUACCCUAAAUGAUGGUGUACGUGAUGCCGUGUUGCAUUCAUGCACCAUUUGUUCAGGAAUGAGUCAGAGACCUUGUGUUGAGACAGCCGA